AUGAUUCAUAAUGGAGAGCCUCCUUAUAAAUGUGAUAUAUGCAAUGAGGAAUUUACUCAAUCUGACAAUUUGGGGAAACACAUGGCACUUCAUAAGGAAAACCUACAGAGUAUCAAAGAGGAAAUAGUUGUCACCCCAGACACAACACAUUUAUUGAAUAAUUCUAUAGACGAACCCAGAAAGAAACCUGGCAGGAAAAGGAAAAAACAACCGACUUUAUGUGACACCUGUGGUAAAUCUUUUAGAUACUCCAGUGAACUUACUCGGCACAAAAGAACUCACUCAGGCUUAAAACCACACGCUUGUUCCAUUUGUGAAUUCAGAUUUACAGAAGCCUCACAACUCAAAAGGCAUCUACUUCGCCACACUGGUAUCAAGCAGCAUAAAUGUCCGAUUUGUAACAAAGCCUUUGCAGAGACGACCAAUGUGAGGAAGCAUAUUCGAGCUGUUCACAAUGUGGAGAAGAAUUUAGAGUGUUCGGAGUGCAAGAAAAUGUUUUAUAUGUCUUCGCAGUUGAAAGUUCAUAUGAGGACUCAUACUGGGGAAAAGCCUUAUUGUUGUACUAUGUGUCCUCAGAAGUUUUCGCAUAAGAAUAGUUAUACGAGGCAUUUGAGGGUGCACUCAGGAGAACGCCCGUACUGUUGUAGUGAUUGUGGGUCCAGUUUUAGUGAUUCUGCAAAUUUCCGUGCACAUAUUCGUCUUCACACCGGAGAAACUCCUUAUAAGUGCCCCAUUUGUAAUAAGGGCUACGCACAGAAUAGUAACCUCAAGAGCCAUAUGAAACAACACAAGAAAUAGAUGCGUACUUAUAGACUUGAGGAAAUCAAUAUGUAAUUAUAGCAUACAAUAA